AAAUGGAAUCUCCAGUCAAGAUCCCCAGAUCAGCACACCAUUUUAAAACGAUUCGUUUUGCUGUUUCAACGGCUCGUGCGUUGAAAAAUCAGAAAGCUAUCCUCAACAUGUGCUACAUUCUUCUCCAACGUCUCUCUCUCUCUCUCUCUCUCUCUCUCUCUCUCUUGUGACAUUGCUUGCACUUCUGGGCCUCUCUCUCAACGUACUCUGCAAUUUGUACAAGUAUCAGUUUGUAAUUGCAUUACUCGUGCAAGGAUUCCAAAACAUCUGGAGUUUCUCAGGCGUUACUUGAUUGACAACGCUUCCAUUUGAGAGGAUUUUGUCUAGUGGAUUCAAGAUGUAUUUGGUGGAGAGCAAGGGAGGUGCUAUAGGAUGUAUGAUACUUUCCCUCUUCUUCUUGGGCACAUGGCCUGCUAUAAUGACACUCCUAGAAAGGCGAGGUCGUCUUCCUCAACACACUUAUCUUGAUUACACAAUGACUAACCUCUUGGCUGCUGUAAUUAUUGCCUUCACCUUUGGUGAAAUUGGCAAGAGCUCAUCUGAACAACCGAAUUUCCUAAUUCAACUUUCUCAGGACAAUUGGCCAAGUGUUUUGUUUGCAAUGGCUGGUGGGGUGGUCCUCAGCAUAGGAAACCUAUCCACACAAUAUGCUUGGGCCUUUGUUGGUUUAUCAGUGGUCGAGGUUGUCACUUCAAGCAUAACUGUUGUUAUAGGAACCACCUUGAACUACUUCUUAGAUGACAAAAUCAAUAAAGCCGAAAUUCUCUUCCCUGGUGUGGCAUGCUUCUUGAUUGCAGUUUGCCUUGGUUCUGCUGUUCAUACAUCCAAUGCGAUUGAUAAUAGAACAAAGCUUAGUACUUUGUCAAACGAUUACGGAACUGAGCAAGGGGGUACAGAUAUUUCAGUGUCCAAAGAACCAAAUUCAAACAUAGUGGGAACAAAGGAUCUGGAGAAUGGAAGUAGAGCUUCGGAGAAGGCAAAAGCUGGUACUGCAGCCUUCCUUGUAGAGCUUGAAAAUAGAAGAUCAAUUAAGGUAUUUGGAAAGAGCACUAUGAUCGGAUUGACCAUAACUUUCUUUGCGGGAGUUUGUUUCUCUCUCUUCUCACCUGCAUUCAACCUCGCAACAAACGAUCAAUGGCACACCCUGAAAGAUGGUGUCCCUCAUUUGAAUGUCUACACAUCUUUUUUCUACUUCUCAGCCUCUUGUUUUGUGAUUGCCAUUGUUUUGAAUAUUAGUUUCCUGUACUAUCCUGUAUUGAACACACCAAAAUCAUCACUGAGGGCUUAUCUGUCGGACUGGGACGGCAGAGGUUGGGCGUUUCUGGCCGGAAUUCUUUGCGGGUUCGGAAACGGUCUUCAGUUUAUGGGAGGUCAAGCUGCAGGAUAUGCUGCAGCUGAUGCUGUUCAGGCGCUUCCGCUUGUGAGCACGUUUUGGGGUAUACUUGUGUUUGGCGAGUACAGGAAAUCGUCGAGAAGAACAUAUAUACUGCUUGGAGGCAUGUUGUCCAUGUUUAUUGCAGCUGUUGGCAUUUUAAUGGGGUCGUCUGGACAUCGGAAAUGAGCAAGCAGCUGCUUCAACUUCUGGGUUGUGGUGUGGUGGAAAGCAUUAGAAUCUGCAUUUCGUUCAUACGCAGUACAUAAUUUGUUUUAGGGGAUUCUUACACUAUACUUGCAAAAUAUUUGUGAUCAAUGGAAGGAAGAAAGUAAAGAACAAGUGGAGGAGGAAAAAGGGUGAAAAUGUGUAUUGAAAAGGAAAAUACAAGUGAAACUGGCCAUGACUGCUUCAGUGCUAUUGUUUCUUUAAGUGUCUAUUCUAGUUUGUAUCCUUGCCAAAAAUGGGGAAGUGGGGAAGCAAAAAAACACAGUGGGCAUGCUUCCUUUCUAUUUCCUUUGUUUCUUACAACGAAUUCUGUUUUUUUGGGAAUGCUUUGGAAAGGAUAGAUUUGAUUGAUGAUUGAUUA